AUGAAGAAGUCGACGUUGUUAUCUUUUGAUGCGUUUGCGAAGACAGAGGAGGACGUGCGCAUCAGGACGAGGUCCGGUGGGUUUAUCACGCUGGGGUGUUUGGUGGUGACGCUGAUGCUGCUGCUGAGCGAGUGGCGGGACUUCAACAGUGUUGUGACUAGACCAGAGCUGGUUAUCGACCGUGACAGGUCCCUGAGACUGGACCUGAACCUGGAUAUUACGUUUCCUUCCAUGCCGUGCGAGCUACUGACGCUGGACAUCAUGGAUGACUCCGGCGAAGUGCAAUUGGACAUCAUGAACGCUGGGUUUGAGAAGACUAGGCUAAGCAAAGAGGGCAAAGUUCUGGGCACCGCGGACAUGAAGAUCGGUGAAGCCGCAAAGAAGGACAAAGAGGCCCAACUGGCCAAGCUGGGUGCAAACUACUGUGGUAACUGUUACGGAGCCAGGGACCAAGGUAAGAACAACGACGACACCCCAAGAGACCAAUGGGUCUGCUGUCAGACGUGUGACGAUGUGCGCCAGGCGUACUUUGAGAAGAACUGGGCUUUCUUUGACGGUAAGGACAUCGAGCAAUGUGAACGUGAAGGGUACGUACAAAAGAUCGCUGACCAACUACAGGAAGGUUGCAGAGUCAGUGGUUCUGCUCAAUUGAAUAGAAUUGACGGUAACUUGCAUUUUGCAGCGGGUCCCGGUUUCCAAAACAUCCGUGGUCAUUUCCAUGACGACUCCCUGUACAUCCAACACCCAAACUUGAACUUCAACCAUAUCAUCAACCACUUGUCCUUUGGGAAAGCUGUUGAGCCAACAAAGAAGGGCAAGGUCAUGGGCAUCGAGAAAGUGACCGUCAACCCUCUAGACGGACACUCCAUGUUCCCUCCAAGAGACGCCCACUUCCUACAGUACUCAUACUACGCCAAGAUUGUCCCCACCAGGUAUGAGGGUCUGAACAAGAAAAACAUGGUUGAGACUGCACAGUUCAGCUCCACUUUCCACAUCAGACCAGUGGGCGGAGGCUCCGACGACGACCACCCUAACACCGUGCACCAGCGCGGUGGCUCCCCAUCGAUGUGGAUCAACUUCGAAAUGUCCCCAUUGAAGGUGAUCAAUAGGGAAGAACACGGACAAUCCUGGUCCGGAUUCGUACUGAACUGCAUCACAAGCAUAGGUGGUGUGCUGGCAGUGGGAACAGUGCUAGACAAGGCAUUGUACAAAGCCCAGAGGACAAUCUUCCAGAAGAAAGACGUCUGA